AUGUGCACCACCCUCUUCCUGCUCAGCACCUUGGCUAUGCUCUGGCGCCGCCGAUUUGCCAAUCAAGUCCAACCAGAGCCCAGCGGAGUGGAUGGGGCCCUUGUGGACAGCAGCUCGGACACAGACCUCCAGUCCUCAGGCAGGGAGAAAGAACCUCUGAAGUAAGCCCUCACCUCUGCAGGCGGGGCUCAGCCCCAGGUAGUGGGAUCAGCUGGCCCAGGCAGUUUCCCCACUCAAUAAAGAUGUGAUGAACCCAGGUGGGUUGGUGCUGAGACGUAAAGGACUAAUGACCUCCUCAAGGAAAGAACUGUCCAGUGAAACGAAGGGGAUGUAUCAGAUGACCUCUGGGGGCUCCACAUUUUCCCAAUCAAAAGAGACUAUAAUGGAUUACAUCUGGAGGUGCUGACGAAGACUCACCCACGUGACACACAUUUAUGGAGUGCCUGUGUACCAGACACUAUGGAUACAGAACUGGAUUAAAACCUUCUGCCACAGACAACCAGAAAACUGGGCAAAAUAUAAGAAACAGACACUUGACAACAGGCAGCACACAGGACAGUGACCCCAGGACUGCCUCAGCCUCUGCCUGGAGACAAUUCCCUGCCAGUGGCUUGGAGGAAACCCAAGCAGAGUAUGGUGGUCUCGUGAAAGUGAGGAGAAAAAAUCAGAAGUCAGGACAGUAUGCUAUUUAUAAGGAUAUACACAUAGACUCAUGGAAUCCAAAAUCAGACGUAACAAAGUUAAUUCAAUGAAGAAAGAA